CAACUUGCCUCGCGUGUGAAAGCGAUUAUAAAGCGUCGCAGCUUGACAGCCCGAUCCUAUUCUGUGCAUGUCUACUCAGGGGCAAGGCUGCAUGCCUAUUCAUGCUUUUCUGGAGGUAAGUAAGUCCCAUUAAAUACAGCAGUGCUCGCCUCUGAGUAGACAUGGCUAGGACGUGGCAGCGUCUUUGAAAGAAGAGAAGAACUGCAUCAUGGGAUGGCACCUUGUUUAAUCUUUUUAAUGAGUUUUUAUGUUCCUCUUUCCUCCUGAAAAUGGAGCUGCCCCAAGUGGUCAACAACAAUCGUUAGAGCACUAAUAGGUCAACAGUAAAACCAUGAAGUUCAUAGCCUGCUGAGCUCCAGACUAAGACUGCAACCCUCAACGCAUUUAUAAGGAAAGUAAAUCCCAUUGAAUUAAAUGGAGCUUAUUCCCAGUGUUCAAAAAGACCUUGCGAUCUACCCAGCAUUUCAAGAUGUCAACAUCAUGGUGGUCUUGGGCUUCGCCUUCCUCCUGGCCUUCCUGAGAAGAUAUGGCUUCAGCAGCGCUGGAUUCAGCCUUUUCCUUGCAGCCUUUGGAGUGCAGUGGGCUUUGAUCGUGAAUGGCUUCAUUUUCCAUUUCUCAGAUGGGCAAGUGAAGAUAAAUCUGCAAAGCAUCUUGGUGGCCAUUAUGAGUAUUACAGCAGUGCUGAUUUCAGCUGGCGCGAUCCUCGGCAAAGCCAACCUGAUGCAGUUAAUCUGCAUGGCUAUGGUGGAGGUGGCUGUUUUCGCUGGGAACAGAUGGGUCAUUGUGGAUGUUCUGGGGAUUAGGAGCCACAUCAGCUUGAUGCAUGUUCAUUUAUUUGGGACAUCUUUUGGCUCCACUGUCUCCUGGUUCCUCUACAAUUCCUCGCUGCACCCAAAAGUUGAGAAAGAAAGAUCAAAGCCUGCCUCUGAUGUGUUUGCAAUGCUGGGUGCUCUCUUCCUCUGGGCAUUCUGGCCCAGCUUCAAUUCAGUGUUGGUAGAGAAUGAAGAUGAAAAACAGGCUGCCAUUUACAAUACCUAUUUUGCAAUGGCUACAAGUGCUGUUGCUGCAUUUGCGUUCUCGAAGGCUACCAGUAGUGAUGGGACGUUCCACAUGGCCCACAUCCAGAAUGCCACUCUGGCCGGUGGGGUUGCUGUUGGCUUCUCAGUUCCCAUCAUCCAAUACCCUUGGAUUGCGAUGACUUUAGGUCUGGUGGCCGGGGCAGGCUCUGUACUUGGCUUUGCCUUUUUACAGCGCCUGGAACCGGCACUCAGAAUUCAUGAUACCUGUGGAGUUCUUUACACGUUUGGCCUGCCCAGUUUGAUUGGAGGGAUCACCCGCAUUAUUCUAAUCCUAAUAGACAGCCAGGAUGACCUAGAAGGAAUGGGUUAUUUGGCUUUGAUUGAACUUGGUGCACCCUGCAUGAUCAUUUCCCUCGGUCUGAUAGCUGGACUCAUUACAGGUCUGUUAUUGCAAACACUCUUCGUGAUUUUCUACGGAGCUAAAGCCUCUCCCUUCCUUGACUGCUACUGGUGUCUGAUUGCUCAAUGGGCACACAUUGUACCAAGCAAGGGGUGAGACUAGAUGAUCCACAGGAUAUGUGGAGUAGUAGAGGAGGAAGGAAGCAAAGAUAAAGCAAAAACUUCAAGAAUGCUUGAUAAUGUCAGUAGAUGUAGAAACUAACAAAGAAGCAGGAGAAUUUGCCCUGGAUCAAAUUGAGUGAUAAUAUACCCCAUCAAGCACCACCCACUAGUGUAGAUGGGAAAAUAAUUUAACUGAAAGCACUCAUGUGUGGGUGAAUGUGUGCUAAAGUGCCACAUGGUAAACUCGGAUCUGUGUGACCUAUGUGCAUGUUAAUGCUCUGGUGUGUACACAGCCCAUGCCACACUUUAGGCUUAAGAGAGACAUCACUUAUCUGCCUCAUUGAUUUCAAUGGGUCUAGGGGAUGCAAUCCUAUAAUUUUAAAGUUGUAAUUCCUCCAUAUAUGUUCAUCAAGUGAAAAACUAGUGUUCCAACAGUCAAAUAGCUAUGGUUGGAAGAUGUGCUUCAAUAGUGAACUUAGGCCCUAUCUAUGUGUUUAGUGGUAUCAUACCACUUUAAACAAUAAUUGCUUUCUCCAAAUAAUCCUCAUAACUCUAGGUUCUUAAGGAUGCUGACACCCUUAUUCCCCUCACAAAGUUACAAUUCUGAGAGUUCCAUGGGAGGAGGGAUUGACUGUUAAACUGCUCCGAGAGUUGGAACUCUGAGGUGAACAGGGGCCUCCUACCAACUCUCAACACCCUUACCAAACUACAGUUCCCGGGAUUCUUUGGGGGAAGCAA